AUGUACAAACUUUGGGUUACGCUUUAUCUCAGUUUAUUCAGCCUGAUUGCUCAUGCUUCUAAUGAUUUCCUUCCUCAAACUGAUGUUCCAGCAUUAAUAUUUGCGCAGAAAUUGGUACUCGACUUACCGAACUUACCAGAUAGAUAUGAACAAAUUCAGAUACUCCCCAAAACAUCUUUCAUGAGUCUAGUCGGCGAUAUUAUUGACUCUUGUAGCUUUGAUGCCUUCAUUUUCAUCAAUCAACCACAUUUGAGAAAGAGUGACUUUCCAAAUUAUUCUAAUAGCUUUGUGAGUUUAAGGAAUUACCUUACACAAAGCUCUACUGCAUUUAGAUUUGAAAAAGUGGAACUGUUAGAUAAUUCGACUUUUGAACUGUUUGCUCAAGACUUAGAAGAUGUUUGCAGUAUUAAAGAAUUUGUCAAAGUAACAGAAAAAGAAGAUUACGUCUUCACACCAUACCUAGAUACUGAGAAGAGAAUCAUACGAGUUGAUUUACCAGAGUUACCAGAAAAUACUGAAAAUGAACCUUUUCUAAGAUCAAAUCAAAUUUUUGAAAACGAUAAGUUAGUUAGAUCAAUUUUGGGAAAAAUUCCUUCACCAUAUUAUGCUGUUGUGUAUACAUCAUUAAAUCCUGGAAACAUAGCAACUCAUGACAAUGCCUCACCAAUACGUAUAUUUUCCGAUAUUUUCAAAAAAGGGAAGUUUUAUAAGAGAGACCUUACCAAGAACAAUAGAAAAUUUGAUGCCCCUCCAUCUGUUCAUAAUUAUAAGCCAAAAUUUGAUAAGAUGAGUGAUUCCUACGUUACCGUUUUUGAUAAGGAAUUUAUUGAAAAGCAUUUGCCAACAUUGAAGACAAUUGUUACAGUGUUCACACUAUUUCUUAUGCAACAAUUAAUACAAUUUUUUCAAUCAAAUAAAACGUCAAAUAAGUUUGAUGAGAAACCUAAAAAAAAGCAAGUAACUAAGAAAGAGUCAAAGAGAAAUGUAAUGGAACCAAAAAAUCACGAAAUUGAGAUAGUAGAGGAGAAUGUCGAGGUAGAACCUAAUACUGAAUAG